GCCAAUUGAUCAAAGAACAGGACAGGUUCAUGGUGGAGUAGAUGGACUACAAGUUUUGUCUUGCCUUGGACAGUUGGACUCCAGUAUUUCGACAUUCAGAGUCGGUCGAUUCUCAGCAAGCGUCAAUUAGGUCAUACAAGUGUUUAAGGUUGAAGUCUGGUCAGGUGAUGGAGGAGAACUGUAAGAAGUAUGGAAUUCCUCUAUAUGGUGCUUCCUUUGUCCCAAAUAAUGCACUCAGAUCAUCUGAUGGAGAACCACAGCAAGAAGACGAGGAUUCUGGUAAUGGAUCAAAUUACGUGAUUUUUGCCGGUGGCGGUGGUGAAGGUCGAAGUGGCAUCCCUAAUGCCCUCAUUAUCUCACUCUUCGAUUCUACCUCCAAUUCCCUUUCUGAUCAGCCGGUGGAUAUACUUGGAACUGCCAAUGAUCUGCCCUACAGAAUGGCUGUUCAUCCCGGAGGAGAAGGUGUAAUAUGUUCGUUAUCGAAAAGUUGCAGAUGGCUUGAGUGGGAUGCAAUCAGGAAUGAAGAUAUUAUCAAUUUGAGUCUAAAGCCGUCUGAGAAAGUGCUUGAACAAUUGGAAGAUGUUGGACAACAAUUGGCAGUUACUUUUAGCCAUGAUGGUUCUUUACUUGCAGUUGGUGGUGAGGAUGGUACAUUGAGGGUGUUCAAGUGGCCUAGCAUGGCAUUAGUUCUUGAUGCACCGAAGGCUCAUACUUCUGUGAAGAAUUUAGAUUUCAGCCUUGAUGGGAAAUUUAUUGUCUCAGUAGGAAGUGGCCCUGGUAGGGUCUGGGAUAUCUCAUCAUCUAUGGCCAAAGCCUCUUUACCAAAAGAAAAUGAUGAAGUUUUCGGAUUUUGUAGGUUCUCACAAAAUAGCAAGAAUGAUCAAGUUCUCUAUGUCACUGCAAUGCGAGAUCGAGGAGGAAGUAUCGUGAAGUGGAACACCACAACAUGGAAGCGGAUAAGCUCAAAGCACAUCGUACGAGACCCGAUUUCUGCCUUCAGUGUAUCAAAUGAUGGGAAGUUCCUUGCCAUUGGUACAAUCGAAGGAGACAUUCUUAUCUUGAAUUCAAGUAGCAUGAAGGUACAGACUGUAGUUAAGAAAGCACAUUUGGGACUUGUAACAGCACUUACAUUCUCCGAUGAUUCAAGGGCGUUGGCUUCUGCAUCUUUUGAUUCAAGUGCAAGAGUGACACUAAUAAAGGAAACAACCAAAAACGGCGGAGUGAGCGUAUGGAUCAUACUCCUCAUCGUCAUCUUACUUGCAGCAGCUUUAUAUUACGCCAAAACUGAAGGCUUUCUUCUAUAAAACAUGCAAACUUCUACCCAUGAAAUUCGCACGAAAUGCUUAGUUUUGGGUUCGGAAUAACAUAUCAUCUUCAAGGGAAAUUGUAGUCAUGGAGCUGGUUAUCAUCCUACUGUAAUGUUGCUCAAAGCUAUCUAACUUUUCCAUACGCCUGGUAAUUUGUUAUAUGUAAACUAUAUGUUCGUUAUUUUCCGGCACAUUUGACCCAAAUUGGGUGUCAUAUAUACAGAGGGGCAUAAUGAAAUGAGAAGUAUUGUAC